AUGCUCAACAACAACGCUCAAAGAAGACUGUUUUCAAUCCGUGACCACUUGCUUUCAUCUCGUGUUAAUCAAUUAGCGAAUGCUUUUUCUUCAAGUAGUACCAACGAACAACACUCUUCAAAUAUUGUCUCCAUCAGUGGUAGUACUUCAAAAUUUUCAAGUGAUCAAGCCUCGAGUUUUGAUGAUUAUUUGGUGAAGGCUAAAAUUCAUCCCGAUGUCAAGGAUGCACUUGCUCAAAAUAAGCCUGUUGUAGCACUUGAAUCCACAAUCAUUAGUCAUGGCAUGCCAUAUCCAAAGAACGUGGAAACAGCAAAACAAGUUGAAGAUCAAAUCAGAAAGAAUGGUGCAAUCCCAGCUACGAUUUGUAUUUUGGAUGGAAUAAUUCAUGUAGGAAUCAACGAACAAGAAUUAGAUAGAUUUGGUAAAUUAGGACAAGAAAAAAAGAUAAUCAAGGCAUCAAGACGAGAUGUUGCUCUUGUGUGUAGUCAAAAAUCUCAUGGAGCAACUACAGUCAGUGCAACCAUGUUGUUGGCACACAGAUUUGGAAUUCAUGUAUUCGUCACAGGCGGAAUCGGAGGGGUUCAUAGAGUACUCUCUACCAACGAGGUUGAUCCAAUGGAUAUUAGCACAGACUUAACAGAAUUAGGCCGAACUCCAACAUGCGUCGUCUCAGCUGGAGUGAAAUCAAUUUUAGACAUUCCAAGAACACUUGAAUACUUAGAAACACAAGGAGUUACCGUUGCUUCAUAUCAAACUGAUGAAUUUCCUGCAUUUUUUACAUCAAAGAGUGGUUGCAAGUCACAUUGUAGAUUGGACUCUCCAAUAGAAUGUGCUAAAUUGAUUAGCGCUAAUCUUCAACUUGGCCUUAAUUCAGGUAUUUUAGUUGCAGUUCCCAUUCCUGAACGUUUGGAGGCCAAGUCUGCUCAAUUAAACAGGGCAAUAGAACAAGGCCUCUUGGAAGCAAAACAGAAAAAUAUCAAGGGAAAAGAUGUGACUCCAUUCUUAUUGCAACGUAUUAACGAACUUACUCAAGGUGACAGCCUUAGAGCAAACAUCGAGCUGAUAUUGAAUAAUGCUCGUGUUGGAGCCCAAAUUGCUGUUGAAUUAAGCAAAAUUCAACAAGUGAACAAUAAAUAUUGGAGUAGUCUACCCAUUCACAGUGUAGAUGAUACGCACGAAAGACAUUCAAACGAGCCAAACGCUUCGUUACUUUCUCGAGUAGCCUCAGCAUUGUCUUCAUCCAAAAGAGAAAUCAUAGUCAUUGGUGGUUCAGUCAUGGAUGUAACAUGUACACCAAUGGAAGGUGCUAAACUCAUCCUAAAAACAUCCAAUCCUGGUAAAAUUGUUCUCAGCAACGGAGGUGUAGCUCGCAACGUUUGUGAAGUGAUAUCUCGUUUACUUUACUCAAGUUUAGACUCCACGAAUCUUCCGUUGAAUUUUAUUACAUCUGUUGGAUCGGAUGCCUUUGGACAUUCUCUGAAAGAACAUAUUCGAAAAGAUUUAAGAGUUCAACAACCUGAAAAAACCAUUCUAGUCAACAAAAACAAUAGGACUGCCAUUUACAAUUGCCUGAUGGAUGAAACUGGUGAGCUUGUAGCUGCUGUUGCCGACAUGUCUAUUUUGACAGACAUGAAUACGACAAAACAUAUCACACAUACCUUGUCAUACAUGAUGAAGGGAAAACGAGCUCCAUUAAUAUUCUUAGAUAGCAAUUCUUCUGUAGAAGCGAUGAAUAAUAUUGGAAGUAUUAUUGAAAACACACAUGCAGAAUUAUAUUUGGACCCUACAUCCGUUCCAAAAUCAAAACAUGCUGUGCUUUCUGGACUCUUACCUUUAGUCACAUUUAUCAAGCCAAACGAACAUGAAAUAUUUAGUAUUGUGGAGUGUUUUUUAGGAAAGACCAUGAACAAGGAUGAAAUGAGUGUCGAGGACUGUCUUCAAAUUUUGCUAACAAAGGCAAAAGUAAGACAUGUUCUUUUAACCCAGGGACCUCAAGGUGUUAAGCAUGCAACCCUUAAAAACGGACAAGUCACAAUACAAUCCUUUGCUGCCCUUCCAAAACGCCCUCAUUUGUCAGAGCCCAAUGCAAACGUGACCGGUUGUGGUGACAACUUUAGUGGCGCUUUUAUAUUUUCCAGGUUUUGUGGAGAUUCAAUUGAGACCUCCAUCAAGAAAGGUUUAAGAGCAUCAAGACUUGCUUUAGAGAGCUCUAAAAGUGUGUCAGAUCGUUUAAAUGCUCAAUCCAUUGAAAAUGAUUAA